AAUCCAUCACCAAGCCAAGCUUCACUUCAGUCCCCAACUACCUCACCAUAUCAUAUCUUCAAAGCAAAAUCAAUGGAUAUGAGCGCUUUUAAUGUUUCAGCCACGUUAAAUGUCUUCCGCCUCAUAGCAAGACCGACCCUAUGCUUGCCACAUGCUACCGUCUCGACUUUCGCCCAGCUCCCUAUACCACUCAAUCAAGCCUUCGGAAAGUACAAGAAUCUCGAUAUCAGGGCCGUCGUGCUGGAUAAAGAUAACUGCUUUGCCUAUCCUCAUUCAAACGAAGUGCACAAGCCAUAUCAGGACCAUUUCCAGCGCUUGAAAGAAGCAUAUCCCGGCCGCCGCCUUCUGAUAGUCUCCAACACAGCAGGCGCAUCAUCCGUCGACCCGGUCCUCAAUAUUGCUGCAGAAGUCGAGAAGUCUACAGGAGUGCCUGUGCUUCCGCACAGUACCAAGAAGCCAGGAUGCGGACCCGAGAUCAUGGAGUAUUUUCGAAAGUAUCCCGAGACGGGUGUCACGAGACCAGAGCACAUUGCAGUAGUGGGCGAUCGACUGACUACUGAUGUGAUGCUGGCGAAUAUGAUGGGCAGCUAUGCUGUUUGGGUCACAGAUGGCGUUGUGCCUUUGGAACAAGCAAGUAUUUUUGCACGCAUGGAGCACAGAUUUGCAGCAUUCUUGCAGAAAAGGGGGUAUGAAGCUCCGGAACCUAUGAGCCAGUUUGAGAGAUAA